AUGUUUCGAAUGGCCGCAUUGCCUUUGCUGUGCCUGCUACUGUUCCCCAUUAUCACUCAAGGUUCUCCUGAGGUGGUCUGGAACGUUGCAAGUGGACCCUGCUUGAAGAAGAAACCUGAAGUGGUCAUACCGCUCGUUACUUACAAUAUUUCCCAUAAUGAAGAUCAGCAAUUCUUUGGUAGAAAAAUUGUUUUAUUCUAUGAAAAACAUUUUGGGUUAUGCCCAUAUUACAACAACUCCAAACCGGAUCAGCCAAUCAACGGAGGCUUACCCCAGAAAGUUCUCGUUAGUGAUCAUUUGGUGGCGGUUAUUAAAGACAUCAGAACAAAAAUUCCUGAUCGGAACUUCGACGGACUCGCUGUGAUCGACCUAGAGGAAUGGCGUCCGCUUUUCAAAAUGAACUGGGGAAAACAAAAAGGGGGAUUCCAAAGGGAUUUUGUGCCUCACUCUGGAGCGUGCUAUAUCCACCACGGUCAUCGCAAGGAGGUCGACGUAAAUGUCUAUAGAGAGCAAUCCGUGGCUCUGGUGAAGUCCAAACACCCCAAACUUUCGCAUAAGAAGGCGCUGCUGCUAGCUGAAAAGGAGUUCAACGAAGCUGCACGCAUCUUCUUCGUAUGGACACUGAAGAUGGCUCGUAGAAUACGUCCUAAAGCUCAUUGGGGCUACUACGACUACCCGUUCUGUAACGCCCACGCUGGUGAUACACCCAAUGUAUACUCUUGCAAUAAGAAAGCCAAGCAGUACAAUGACGAGUUGGACUUCAUAUAUCGAACUAGUACAGCCUUGUUCCCUUCCAUCUACUUGAAUGGGGAAAAGACCGAAAAGCAGGCCUUCCGCUCCGUUCAGGCAUUUAUCCAAGAGACUAGACGAGUUGCUGAAAAACGGAAUCCUCCUUUGGAAUUCUUCGUCUAUACAAAAUUCGAAUAUGACCCUUAUACCAAUAUUACAUCAUUCUACAGCAAGGGCGAUCUGUGUAACACCAUGAAGCAACCUGCAGACCUUGGAGCGAAUGGCCUGGUUCUAUGGAGCACCAGUAAAAACAUGAAGAGUCGUUGUGAACUUAUUUCAGACUACGUAAAAUCGGAACUUGGACCAACUCUCGUAGACAUUAGGCAAAAAUUGGACGAAUGCAGGAGAAAAAGGUGUUACAAUCGAGGAACUUGUGUGCUUCAGAAGCCAGCAAAGACAUGCAAAUUCGAUGUUGUCUUCACGGAUUACAUUUGUCGUUGUGAUCGUGGAUACAAAGGAAAGGACUGCUCUCAGGUGUACAAGAACUAUCCCUUUAAUAUCACGUCAACCUAA